GCCAAUCGCUGGGCGGGGGCGGAGGCACAGGCUGGGGAAGCAGCCCCGGGCGCGCAGGACCCCUGCUGGCUCCUGGUUCCGGGCAGCCGGGAGCAGGCUUCGGCCGCCACGAUUGCGAUGAGUCUGAGGCCCAGGGAGAGGGAGUGGCUGGCUCAAGACCACACAGCAGGGAACGGAAUGGCUCUCCACAAAGUGCCAAGGCCCUCCUCUUCUGACUUUUAAAAGUCUCUCCGCCUCCUUUACCACCAUCAGGAGAGACCUGACUGCCAGGAUAUUGCCGUGCUGCUGCCCUGAUCUGUUAUAAGUGAGCCCGAGGAAAAGCCAGUUUCUGAGCAUCUUCCAUGUGGUUUGCCUGAUGCUCGGGACAUUAGUUUAAUCCUCCCUGCACUCCUAUAAAGAUGGCAUUAUGACCCCAUCUUACAGGGACAAGGAUGGCCAGACUGCACGUGGCCACGAGUGCAUCUCAGCGCUCCUAGGCUGAGGCUGAGGCUGGGCUGGCAGCCAUGGGGCUGGGUGGGCCCCAGGCCUGGCUGUUGAACUUGCCCACAGCUGUGGUCUAUGGCUCCCUGACCCUCUUCAUCACCGUUUUGCACAACGUGUUCCUGCUUUACUAUGUGGACACCUUUGUCUCAGUGUACAAGAUCAGCAAAGCUGCCUUCUGGGUCGGAGAGACGGUGUUUCUCCUGUGGAACAGCCUCAACGACCCCCUCUUCGGCUGGCUGAGUGACCGCCAGUUCCUCAGCUCCCAGCCCCGCCCUGGCAGCGGGCAAGGGAGCAGAGGAGGGAGUACCCCCUGGUCAGGCCCUGGGCUCUCCUCGAGGGCCGUGGUGCUGGCACGGGUGCGGGCACUUGGCUGGCAUGGGCCGCUGCUGGCGCUGUCGUUCCUGGUGUUCUGGGUGCCCUGGGCCCCAGCAGGCCUGCAGUUCUUGCUGUGCCUGUGCCUCUAUGAUAGCUUCCUGACGCUCGUGGACCUGCACCAUCACGCCUUGCUGGCUGACCUGGCCCUCUCGGCCCACGACCGCACCCACCUCAACUUCUACUGCUCCCUCUUCAGUGCGGCUGGCUCCCUCUCUGUCUUUGCCUCCUACGCCUUCUGGAACAAGGAGGACUUCUCUUCCUUCCGUGCCUUCUGUGUGGCACUGGCUGCUGGCUCUGCGCUAGGCUUUGUGGGGGCCACACGGCUCCUGAGGCGGCGGGUAGAGGCGGCCGGUAGGGAGCCAGGGUGUCCAGACCUGGCUGCGGAUAGCGGCCUGUGUGGAGAGGAGGCGGGCAACAUCACCUUGGGCCAGUACCUCUGGCAGCUGGCGCGUCACCGGAACUUGCUGUGGUUCGUGGUCAUGGACCUGGUGCAGGUCUUCCACUGCCACUUCAACAGCAACUUCUUCCCCCUCUUCCUGGAGCACCUGUUGUCAGACCACAUCUCCCUCUCCACCGGCUCCUUCCUGCUGGGCAUCUCCUAUGUCGCCCCCCAUCUCAACAACCUCUACUUCCUGCCCCUGUGCCGGCGCUGGGGCGUCUACACCGUGGUGCGGGGGCUCUUCCUGCUUAAGCUGGGCCUGAGCCUGCUCAUGCUUCUGGCCGGCCCCGACCGCCCCGGCCUGCUCUGUCUCUUCAUUGCCAGCAACCGUGUCUUCACGGAGGGCACCUGUAAGCUAUUGACCUUGGUGGUCACUGACCUGGUGGAUGAGGACCUGGUGCUGAACCGCCGCAAGCAGGCGGCCUCGGCGCUUCUCUUCGGCAUGGUGGCCCUGGUGACCAAGCCAGGCCAAACCUUGGCCCCACUGCUGGGCACCUGGCUGCUGUGCUUCUACACAGGUCAUGAUCUCUUCCAGCAGUCCCCACUGUCCCCUGUGGGGAGGGCCCAACCCUGGCCAGAACCCCCGGUCCCACCCCCGGUUCAGGCCCCUACACUCCGCCAGGGCUGCUUCUACCUGCUGGUGCUGGUGCCCAUCACCUGUGCUCUGCUGCAACUGUUCACCUGGUCCAAGUUCACGCUGCAUGGGAGACGCCUGCGCAUGGUCAAAGCCCAACGCCAGAAUCUGUCACAAGUCCAAACCCUUGACAUUAAGACAGUGUGAGAGGUGCAACAAGGCCACUCUGAUGAGGACACUGCCCACAGCUCUGGGCAGGAGCCACUUUUGCCAGCCUGGUGUCCUGCUCCCCUGCCUUCACUGGGUGCAGCCUUGAGAUCAAAGGGCAGAACGGGAGCUCCUGGGUCUGAGCCAGGAGCGUCAUUGGAUCUGAGAUCGUGCUUGGCUACCUGGCCCAGCUUGGGCAAGAGCUGGGCCAAAUUUGCUCAGGGACCUGCUUGCCCUUAUGGGCAGGAGUAAGAAAAGGACCAAGCAGGGAUGGGAAUGCCCUGUGGUCACAUGGGGUUGCCACAGGGCACAGAGGCCUAGCCCCCCUGCCUGGGGCUGGGGCUUCAUGUGCGCUCAGGAACCACUUUUGAUACUGCCUUUCGUCCAGUCGGGGUGCUGACUGGGAGUCCCACCCACUCCGCCCCUCCACCCUUCCAGUGGUGUCUGCCAUCUCUGCUUCAGUUGUGCCUGAAGUAGCAUGCCCCCGCUGCUGCAGGGCUUCUCCACGCCCACCUGGCCUCCUGAGAGGUUCAGCUCAUCAAACGGAUUAAAGUCAUUCUGUUCCCA